AUGUCUCGUAAUGCAUCAGGAGAGGAUCCAUUGGGAUUAAUCACCCACGAGGGACAUGAAAGUUUUGUCUAUUCAGUAGCAUUCUCCCCCGAUGGAAAAUCGGUUGCAUCAGGGUCCGAGGACAAGACCAUUCGUAUUUGGGGCGCAUACGAGCCGACUCCUAUAGGCAACCCUUUCAAGGGACACACUGCUGGCGUAUGUUCAGUAGUAUACAGCCCUCUCGGCGACAUGAUUGCCUCUGGAUCGCUUGAUCAUACAAUCCGUCUGUGGGAUAUCAACACCAAGCAGCAAAUAGAUGAACCGCUCAAGGCCCAUAGUGGCUGCGUAAACUCGAUUGCUUUCUCUCCUGGUGGUAAAUUUAUCGCCUCAGGAUCUGUUGAUAAAAGUAUACGACUAUGGAACAUAGACACUCGACUCACUUCCAAUACGUUCUGGGGCCACAAUAAGGGGAUUCGCUCUGUUGAUUUCUCACCAAAUGACAAUCAAUUUGCGUCAGGGUCUGGGGACUUUACGAUACGUGUAUGGGAUACCGAAAGUGGAAAACCAGUCGGAAAACCCUUCAUGGGGCACCAUGAUGUGGUACACUCAGUCUCUUACGCUCCCAACGCUAAUCAAAUCGCCUCGGGCUCAUCCGACGGCACUUUACAACUCUGGGAUGUUCGUAGUGGAAUGUCGGCAGUCAACCUAUGCCGGGGGAAAAACGAAUCAAUUUUUUCAGUCUCAUACUCUCCUAGUGGCGUAUGGAUUGCGUCUGGAUCAAUUCGUGGUACAGUAUGUGUUUGGGAUAUACGAAACAGAGGAUUAGUGGCCGACAAAUUCAAUAAACAUACCGAUUGGGUGAGAACAGUGAAGUUUUCGCCAUGGGGGAACAGGAUUGUUUCAGGUUCUGGUGAUCAAAAAGUAAUGGCCUGGAAUGUAGUAGAGAGUCUUCGGAGCUCUGUGGGAUUAAUCGGCCGCGAUACGUCUAUCCAUCUGAUAUUUGCCACACUAUUAGAGCACGGAUGCGCCAAUCUUACUUCUCAGAUAGAUCUGGAGCGGGGUUUUACCCUAGUCCCAGGUAGCCCUCAAAACACUGCGCACACCACCGUCUGGGCAAUCCAGUGA